UUGAACUGAAUGGACAAACAAAAAAACUGCCAUUGUAUGUGGUCGUGGGUGAUUACCCCUCGUUGAUGGGACGUUCCUGGCUGGAGCAACUCAAAGUGGACUGGCCGACCAUACAUAUGAUGACACCUAAAACCCUGGACCUUGAAGGUGUUCUUGAAAAACACAGUGAAGUUUUCAAACAGGAAUUAGGCAGCAUGGAAGGCAUCACAGUAAAAUUGACUGUGGAGCAGGGAAGCCAGCCAAAGUUCUUAAAGUCCCGGCCCCUGCCAUAUGCACUCAAACCUAAAGUAGAGGCGAGCUUGGAUGAACUUGUGAAGAAUGGUGUGCUGGAACCAGUCAAUGUGGGUAAGUGGGCAACACCUUUUGUUCCAGUUAUAAAGAAGGAUGGAGGUAUAAGGAUCUGUGGGGACAUUAAAGUUACUGUAAAUCCAGUGUUGUCAGCAGAACAAUACCCCUUGCCUCACAUUAAUGACCUUUUUGCUGGGUUGACUGGAGGACAAAGAUUCAGCAAAAUCAACCUCAACCAGGCAUACCUACAGAUGCAUGUUGAAGAACAGUCUAGAGAACUUCUCACCAUCAACACACACAAAGGCCUAUUUCGGUACAAACGUUUACGGUUUGGAAUUACUUCGGCUCCAUCCGUUUUUCAGCAAACGAUGGAUCAGAUUCUUGCCGGGUUUCCAGGAGUUGUAUGUUAUUUAGAUGACAUUCUGGUGACUGGCACAGAUGAACAGUCGCAUUUACAACACCUGGAUGCUACCCUUGAGAGACUGAAAGAGUAUGGAUUAAGAGUGCGCAAGGAUAAAUGUGAAUUUUUCCAGUUUGCAGUCGAGUACUUAGGGCACGUCAUUGAUACAUCUGGACUGCAUACGUCCCCAUCCAAGGUUAAGGCUAUUGUUGAUGCUCCAGUACCCAAAAAUGUCAGCCAGUUGCGGUCUUUCCUCGGCUUACUGAACUAUUAUGGGCGUUUCAUUCCAAACAUUGCCACACUGUUGAAACCUCUGCACAAAUUGUUAUGCCAUGAGAAUAAUUGGAAGUGGACCUCUGAAUGCCAGGAGUCAUUCAGAAAAGCAAAGGAGACACUUUUGGGGUCAAACGCACUCACUCAUUUUGACCCUGCUCUUCCUAUCCAGCUGGCCUGCGAUGCUUCUCCAUAUGGUGUGGGAGCUGUCUUGUCCCACAUCAUGCCCAAUAGUCGAGAUAGGCCAAUCGCGUUUGCUUCCAGGAGUCUGAACAAAGCAGAAACAAACUAUGCUCAGAUUGAGCGAGAAGCAUUGAUCAUUGUGUUUGGAGUGCGUAAGUUUUAUCAGUAUAUUUUUGGAAGGAAGUUCACGCUGCUGACCGAUCAUCGCCCACUCACUGCAAUAUUUGGUCCACACCAUGGCAUUCCCGCUCUUGCUGCCAGUAGGAUGCAAAGGUGGGCUUUGUUGCUAUCUGCUCACACCUAUGACAUCAAAUACCGAAAGUCAGAAUUGCACGGGAAUGCGGACGGUCUGUCCAGGUUGCCUCUCGCUGACGGGGUAAAGGAAGCAAAGGUGGCUGAAAUUUUUUAUUUCAGCCAGGUGGAGCGGGCUCCUAUAACAGCCGCACAAUCCGGCCGCUUGUUGUGGGGAAGGAGAGUGGUUAUUCCCCCGGCUUUACGCAAGCCAGUGUUAAAACAGCUGCAUGUAGGACACUGUGAAAUGGUCCGCAUGAAGGAGAUUGCCAGGAGCUACUUCUGGUGGCCAGGAGUAGAUGGCCAAAUUGAGGAAAAAUCUAGGACGUGUACUUCAUGCCAGUGCAUACGUAACGCACCACAACUUGCACCUCUGCACCCGUGGGAAUAUCCUGAAAAACCAUGGCAUCGCAUUCAUAUUGAUUUUGCUGGCCCAGUCGAGGACAAAAUGCUGUUGGUGGUCAUGGAUGCACACAGUAAGUGGCCUGAGGUGGCCAUUAUGAAAUCUACUUCAGCUGAAAAGACAAUUAAGAAACUGGGAGAAAUGUUCAGUAGGUUUGGAUCACCAGUGCACCAAUUUACAUCUCAUGAGAUGGCCACAUUUCUACAAGCAAAUGGUGUGCAACAUAUAACGUCAUCACCUUACCAUCCUGCAACUAAUGGAUUAGCCGAAAGGUUUGUCCAAACCAUGAAACAUGCUUUGAAAGCUUCGCUCGGGCAAGGCACAUUUCAUCAACGUCUGCACAGCUUUUUGCUCUUCUAUCGUAGUACUCCGCAUGCGACCACCAUUGAUCGCCAGCGUUUUUGUUGUUCAGCAGAGAGCUCAGGACAAGCUUUGAGCUGA